AUGUGAUGAACAGCAAUAUCACACGCAGGGUCGAGAGAGUAUCCAAAUCCUACCGGUGAGAGUAGACUUCGCUGACCUCUCGGAGGAUUUCCGUCGGCCGAAAACGCGAGGGAGCAUUGCAGAGAGCCCUUGUUUGCAUUUCCGGUCGCUUUUCCUCUGAGGAGGGAUUUUCCGUUACAAAAUUCCACUUUCCUCCUCUUGGGAUACUCUCUUUCUCUCGCAGACAUGGCUUCCGAAAGCUUCACCGACAAAAACGCCGUUUUCAGGAAACUCAAAUCCAAGUCCGAGAACAAGAUAUGCUUCGAUUGCAAUGCGAGGAAUCCGACGUGGGCGUCUGUCACGUACGGGAUCUUCCUCUGCAUCGACUGCUCUGCUGUUCAUCGCAGCCUCGGCGUCCACAUCAGUUUCGUAAGAUCUACCAAUCUAGACUCAUGGAGUCCAGAGCAAUUGAAGAUGAUGAGUUUUGGGGGAAACAACCGUGCACAGGUUUUCUUUAAGCAGCAUGGAUGGACUGAUGGAGGCAAAAUUGAGGCAAAGUACACAUCAAGAGCUGCUGAUUUGUAUAGGCAACUGCUUUCCAAAGAAGUUGCUAAAAGUGUUUCAGAAGAGAUUGUUUCACCCUCAUCACCUGUUGCUUCUAAGUCAACGCCUACAGCUAAUGGAAUUCCAGAAGUGAAGAUUGCAGAUGCACCAAAGGAAAAUUCAUUGGAUAGGCAAGAAACUCCUGAAGUCGUUCGUUCACCUAAAGCUCCCACUCACUCAGUUCUUACCAGUUCCAUUAAAAAGCCCAUUGGUGCAAAGAAGACUGGAAGUAAGACAGGAGGGCUUGGUGUCCGAAAGCUUACUACCAAGCCAAAUGAAAGUCUCUAUGACCAGAAGCCUGAAGAACCAGCUCCUGCUAUCACCUCCACAUCUAAUGCCACAACAAUACCCAACUCAUCUUCUCCUUCUCGCUUUGAAUAUGUUGAGAAUGUCCAAUCUGCUGAAACCAACUCUGGAGGUGCACAAGUAAUUGGUCAUGUUUUGCCACCAAAGUCUUCGAGCUUCUUUGCAGAUUUUGGAAUGGACAGUGGAUUUCCGAAGAAAGCAAGCUCCAGUUCCUCCAAAACACAGAUUCAGGAAAGUAAUGAAGCAAGAGAGAAGUUCUUGAAUGCAAAGUCCAUUUCAUCAUCCCAGUUUUUUGGUGACCAGAACAAAGCUGGCGAAAGGGAUGCUCAAGUCUCCCUGCAGAAGUUUUCGGGUUCAACAGCAAUAUCAAGCGCCGAUCUUUUUGGCCAUGACAUGGACAAUUCUGGACUUGACCUGACUGCAGCCGACCUAAUUAACCGAAUCCAAUUCCAGGCAUCACAGGAUAUCUCUUCCCUUAAGAACAUUGCUGGGGAGACUGGAAAGAAGCUGACUUCUUUAGCUUCCAGCCUUAUUACGGAUCUUCAAGAUAGAAUCCUGUGAAGGUGCCGCUCCUGUAACUGGUGUGUGAGUUGAAAGCUGAAGAACUGAACCCUAUACCAAAAUUCUGCACACAUCAUAGAGGGUUGCUUUCUUCCUUAAUAGGUCUCUAAAUUUUUUUUUUAACAAAGAUAAAUAAACUUAAAACUUCUUAGUUGCUGUACGUCGGCAGUUUGUGUGUAUGGGGCAUAUGUUCUGUAUUUUACCAACCCUAUUACUUGUGUUCCAAACCCACGGGAGUUUGUAUCUAUAUACACUGUUAUGAGUGCACCCUUACAUCUGUUCACAUUCCCGUCGUUUUAAUAUAUGAUUGCUUUGUUUUGAA